AUGCUUCCCUCAAAACCUCUAGCACUACUUCCACCACCACCACUUCCACCGCUUCCACUACCACCUCAAAAGCGCUACAAUCCCUCACCUCUCAACCAAAUUGUCGUAUCAAAGCAAUCCUUGAACUUGAAUCAACAGUCUCCGGUGACAGACUUCACCGCCGUCAAACCAAGGAAUGCCACCCUACUCCGGAAACCUCGCCGGACUAACCCCUUCGUCUGGUGUUACGCUAUCAUUUGUCUCAUCUUCAGUCUUCUUCUCAUCAUUGCCGGAAUUUCCACCUUGAUCAUCUACCUCGCUUACAAACCCAGGUACCCAUUACUUGAAACUACCAGUGCGACCCUCAAUAGUGUUUACUUGGAUUCCCCAGAUUAUGUUAACGGUGAUUUCAUAUUUCUCGCUAACUUCUCCAACCCAAAUCGAAAGAUUGAUGUGAGGUUUCAGUACUUGGAAAUCGAACUCUAUUUCUUCGACAGGCUUAUUGCAACUCAAGCCCUUCAAGCAUUCUCUUUGAGACCUGGAGAGGUGAGGUUGGAUUCGGUUCAUAUGUUAACAAGUGAAGCUUAUUUACCCCCAAAUCUGGCAUUAGAGCUCAGAAAUCAGUUGCAGAAUAAUCGGAUUCGGUAUAAUAUAAGGGGAACAUUUAGGGUGAGACUCAAUCUGGGUUUGACCCAUAUAUCUUAUUGGCUUUAUGGGAGAUGCCAGGUUGAGAUGUCUGGUCCACCAUAUGGUGUCCUGGUUGCUCGAAGUUGCAGAACAAAGAGGUGAAGAUCCAAAUACAUGAUUUAUUGUUUUCUGUAAUUUUAUUUUUCUCUUGUGAAUUCUUUUUAG